UUCAUAUGAGAGCCGAGUCAUGUGACCUCUCACAGCUUGUUGGAGUCUGCGGGGAAAGUAUGGCGCUCACUGUGGUUUGGUUGUUCACCACUGUUUUCACUUGCGUUCACUUAUCAGUUGUACUCGAAGAGGAAUAUCGAUUCAAACAGUGGAUGUCAGAGCACAACAAGGUUUAUGACACUGAGGAGUAUUACCGACGUUUCCACGUGUUCACUGAGAAUAAGAAGACAAUUGAUCGACAUAAUGCUGGGAACCACACUUUCACAAUGGGCCUAAAUCAGUUCUCAGACAUGACAUUUGAGGAAUUCAGGAAAUUAUUUCUUUUGACGGAGCCGCAGAACUGCUCAGCCACUAAAGGGGGUCAUGUCAGCAGGACUGGUCCUUACCCCGAGUUUGUAGACUGGAGGAUGAAAGGCAACUUUGUGACUCCUGUGAAGAACCAGGGUCACUGUGGCAGCUGCUGGACCUUCUCUACCACUGGCUGUUUGGAGUCAGUGAAUGCUAUCGCUACCGGGAAGCUCAUACCUCUGUCUGAGCAGCAGCUGAUAGACUGUGCCAAAGACUUCAACAAUCAUGGAUGCUUGGGUGGGCUCCCCAGUCAGGCAUUUGAGUACAUCAAAUACAACAAAGGUCUUAUGACAGAGGAGGACUAUCCCUACAAAGGCCAUGAUGACUCUUGCCAUUUUGAGCCUGCACUUGCAGCUGCUUUUGUCCUGGAUGCUGUGAACAUAACAAGUUAUGAUGAAAAGGCCAUGGUUGAUGCCGUGGCCCGGCUUAACCCCGUGUCCUUUGCCUUUGAGGUCACGGCUGAUUUUGUACACUAUAAAGAAGGUGUUUACACCAGCACCCAGUGUAAGAACACGGCAGACAAGGUGAAUCACGCAGUCCUGGCUGUGGGUUACGGCGCUGAAGAAAACGACACACCAUAUUGGAUUGUGAAGAACUCUUGGGGCACAGCCUGGGGUAUUGACGGAUAUUUUUUGAUUGAGCGGGGAAAAAACAUGUGCGGACUGUCUGCAUGCUCUUCAUACCCUCUACCUUUAGUUUGACUGAAGAAAUUCAGGAAAAUAUCAUCCAGAGACAGCAUCAAUGGAGUUUGGAAGUUGAAAGUUUGUGCUUUCAUGUUUCCUGAAGCGUUUUAUGUAGAAGUUUGAUUUCUCAACAAUAUGUACAAUAUCAUCCUAGGAAGGAAAAUAUGUUUCACAUGAUCACAACCACACAUGUUCAGAGUUACCCAAUAACCACAUUCUUGUACAUUUAGCUGUGGUUCAUGCCCACUGGAUCACAUGCAUACACAAUUACAUCUAAAGAGAACACUGAGCUUGAAGUUUAGUGAGUCUCCUGCUAAACAUGUUGAAGUGCACGUGCCGGAGAAUGUGGGCUAAACAGGCCAGCUAUUACAGUACUAUCAAUCGGUUUGUGUUGACAACUCAGAUUUUCCCUUCAGUCUGUCUCAUAAUGUUCAAUUUGUUGUUCAGUAAACUGGAUCACUGAAGGAAAUCAGACUCAAUCAGAUUACAUAUCAGGUGCAUCUGUAUAAGUAUUUUUCCCCCAUGUUUAAAAGAAUGAAAAGAUAAUGGUAACAAUUGUCCUCAAUGGGUUUACCAUAUGUAUUUUGUAUACAGUGUGUUCCAAUUUGUUAUAAACAUUAAAUCUUAACUUUCAA